AUGGCGGCUCAUCGAGUUGCCCCCACCGGAGUUUUCGAACCUCAGCGAACAAGUUCUUUUCGAGGACUACAACCUGCAACGCAUAAAUACGCGUCGGAGGAGGGCGAUAAGAGAACGACAUACAGCGAAAUGUCACAAGGAGUGAGCGAUUACGAAGAGGAAGAGGAGGAAGUCGACGAGACUGUUCGAGAAGAUAUGAACAAGCUGGAAGACACAUUUCCUGGCAUCUCGGAACGAUUCCGCCUGGUCAAUCGAAUUGGAGAAGUUUACAAAGCGGAAGACUUACUUUACGAUCACUAUGAAAAUGACUGGGAUGUCUUUGGUGAAGCACAAGAACAAGAAGCCUGGCCCAGUCCUCCCUCCAAACGACGUCGAAUUGAAGGAGAAAAUGUCAGACACAAGAAACCUCGUUACGUGGCACUGAAGAAAAUUUACGUUACCAGUAGCCCAAUUCGAAUUCAAAAUGAGCUGGAGCUCCUCCAUGAUCUCCGGGGCUGUCCUUCGGUUUGUCCUUUGAUCACAGCAUUUCGUUUCCAGGAUCAAGUCGUGGCCGUGUUGCCCUACUUCCCACAUACCGAUUUUCGGAUUCAAUACCGUACCUUCUUGGUGGCAGAUAUGCGUCAUUAUCUACGGUCCCUUCUGACAGCAUUGUCGGCGGUCCAUGAGCAUGAGAUUCUCCAUCGCGAUAUCAAACCAACGUAUGGGUCUACUCACUCACACUGCCUCCACGUCUUGAAUGACCUGAAAGAAGGCGUGCUAGUGGACUUUGGACUUGCAGAGCGCCAAGGCGCUGAAUACACUAGUGCAUGCCUCUGCACUCACCAGUUAUAUGCUCGUCGAAGUCGGAUCAUUACUAGCUACUAUUCAAAAAAUCCACCAUCGGGUGGAUUGUCAACUGGUUAUCCGAAGAAUGACUCCCGAUCAUCAAGGCGAGCGAAUCGGGCUGGAACUCGUGGCUUCAGAGCGCCAGAGGUACUUUUCAAGUGUACUUCACAAACAACGAAGAUUGACAUGUGGUCCGUUGGUGUGAUCCUCCUAAUUUUACUGGGUCGUCGGUUCCCCUUCUUCAAUUCUGCGGAUGAUAUCGAUGCCAUGAUUGAAAUGUCCAGCAUCUUUGGCACCCGACGCAUGAAGACUGCAGCGGCCAUGCAUGGACAGAUUUUCGAAACCAAUGUUCCCACAAUCGGCGAAAAGGGCUACAGCUGGGAGAAGCUGGUGAAAUGGUCAAGUUGUGUGGAAGAUUUGACUGAAAGCGAACAACAAGCAACGCGUCUCCUUUCGGGUCUGAUGGAGCUGGAUCCAACGAAGCGGCUCAGCGCCGAUGAAGCUUUACAACACGAAUUUUUUACUAGUCCAGUGCAUCAUGAUGUGGAGUGGGGAGGCAACCCCGAGGAGAGCGGAGAAUCCGCUGAAGAUGACGAGGCAGGGGAGGACGAAGCCGACGAAGUCGCCAUGCUAUGA